UCAUAUACCAGUUGUAUUUACAAUGUCAAAUAGCAAACAUGUGUUAGACUUAAUAACUUCAAGUAAUUCAAUACAUAGUAAUAUUAUAUUGAUUCUCUUUUGUUUAUAAAGUCAAAGUCAAAGCAUUUAUUUCACCUAAUCCUAAAUUAGGCACUUUUGAAACGUCAAAUUGAAUUGUCCGUCAGUCUGUCUGUCAGUGAAGCUGGGUGCUGUUGCUGCUUAAAAAUGAUUAAAAUAUUGUUUUUAUUUUGUUUCUGUGUUGUGGUGAAGUCGCAAGAAUGCACACACACAGGCAACGGUCAGAAAGGAAGAUGUGUGAAUAUGAAGGAUUGUCCGACUGCCGUCAGGGAUUUGAAAUUCAAAAUAUAUCCUCAGAUUUGUUCAUUCAACGGAUCAUCAAAAAUACCUAACAUUUGUUGUCUGGAAGAAGCUAAGAAUGUUACAGCGAUCCUGGGUCCACACGCGAAGACAUCAAAUUCAGAUGACCAGGGACUCUGUCCUCUCUUUGUCUCCGACGCACCAUACUACAGUAAGAAACCAAAAAAUGUGCCAGAAACAUCAAAAGCUUGGAAUAAAUGCCUCGAGUACCAAGCAAAAAUAAAACUACCAUGUAAAAAUGGUACUAAAGAGUUUGCCCCGUAUUGCGGUAGACGGGAGCAACUGAUUGUGGGAGGAGGGGGGAUAGAUGCUGAGAAAGAUGAAUACCCUCAUAUGGCGUUGCUGACGUACGGUAAAGAGUUUAUGACGUCAGUGUUUGGGUGUGGAGGCUCUCUGAUAAGCGAGAAGUAUGUUCUGACCGCUGGUCACUGCAGUGCUACUGCUAAAGGGGUUCCAGUUUCGUUCGCCAUAUUUGGCCUGCUCCGUUCUGAAGAGAUGCACAGAUCACCCGAGGGCAAUAUUCGAGGAGUGCAGCGGAUUAUCAGACAUCCAGACCACAAGCCACCCGCCACGUACCACGACAUAUCGCUGCUAGAACUGGAUAGAGAGAUCAUCUUCAGUCCAAGCAUCAGGCCUGCGUGCUUGCAAGUCGAGGAUGUCUUCGAGCAGAGAGCGUACGCUUCAGGCUGGGGCCUGUUGGGGUACAGACAGUCCAACGCGAAUGUGUUACAAAACAUACCUUUGUGGAGGGUCACGGAUGAGGAUUGUAAGGCCAAGUACUUGACACAUAGGACGUUUAAAGAUGGACUGGAUAAUGCGACGCAAAUCUGCUAUGGAGACGACGGAUUAGUCAGAGAUACAUGCUCAGGUGACAGCGGUGGACCUCUACAGAUCAGAAACGAGAAUGUAUUCUGCACCCAUCUGAUACUGGGAGUGACCUCUUUUGGCAAAUUUCGGUGCGGACAAAUCGGGACUCCCGGAGUGUACACCAAGGUCCCUCACUAUGUUACAUGGAUUGAAAGCGUUGUGUGGUCCUAAACAUACCUCUUUACUAGCACCUAUUGUUACCUAUUGUUAAUCUUAUAUGACAAAAUAAAAAAAUACGUGUCUA